AAGUAAAGGCAAAAACUUCGACGGUUACAAGAAAAUACUUGUCCGAACACACAGAUUCUAUAAAUAUUAAAGACAUAUGACCAUGCAUUUCUUCAUCAAAAUUAUCAAACUCUUACGCACCAAAAACAUUAGAAAAUGGAGAUAUCACUUGCAUCAUUUGCUAUGCUUGUUGUAUUGUGGUGGAUAUGGAGAAUGGUGGAGUGGGUUUGGGUUAAGCCUAAGAUGCUUGAGAGUUACCUGAGAAAACAAGGUCUUGUCGGAACUCGUUACACGCCUCUUGUCGGAGAUGUGAGAAGAACUUUUAGCAUGUUGAAGGAAGCAAGAUCGAGACCGAUGAAACCAACGGAUGAUCUCAUUUCACUUGUCAUGCCUUAUUCCUUUCAAAUGCUCAAUACUUACGGAAAUACUUAUUUUACAUGGUUAGGACCCGUACCAUCCAUCACAAUAAUGAAUCCACAACUGAUCAAAGAAGUGUUUAACAAAGUUUAUGAUUUCCCGAAGACUCACACGUUUCCUUUGCUUGCGUUGAUAACUGAUGGACUCGCUAAUGCUGAUGGAGACAAAUGGGCUAGACAUCGGAGGAUCAUCAACCCCGCCUUCCACUUUGAGAAGAUCAAGAAUAUGGUCCCUACGUUUCAUCAAUGUUGUCGCGAGGUUGUGUGCGAGUGGGAGAAGUUAGUUUCAGAUAAAGGGUCAUCCUGUGAGGUUGAUGUUUGGCCAUGGAUUGUGAAUUUAACCGGGGACGUGAUUUCUCGUACGGCUUUCGGUAGCAGCUACAAAGAAGGACAGAGGAUAUUCAUCCUACAAGAGGAACUAGCAAAGCUCAUCAUGCAAGCUCUUGGAAAGAAUUACAUCCCUGGAUAUCGGCAUUUCCCAACGAGGAAUGCUAGAAGGAUAAAGACAAUAGUUGGAGAAAUUCAAGCUAUACUAAAAGAGCUCAUUACCAAAAGGGAAAAGGCUAGAAAAGCUGGAGAAACACCAAGUGACGAUUUGUUGGAUCUACUUCUUGUAUCAAAUUCAGGUGAAACUAAAGGAAAUGGACUGACCACCGAAGAAAUUAUUGAAGAUUGCAAGUUGUUUUAUUUUGCGGGACAAGAGACCACUUCAGUGCUUUUGACUUGGACCAUGGUUUUGUUAAGCCAACACCAAGACUGGCAAGCUUGCGUGCGAGAGGAAGUGAUGCAAGUUUUUGGUGAUAGAGAUCCCGAUCUUGAAGGCAUUAAGCAACUCAAAGUUAUGACGAUGACUCUUUAUGAGGUUCUUAGGCUAUACCCUCCAGUCAUCCAGAUGAACAGAGCAGUCCUCAAAGACAUCAAACUAGGCCAUUUGAAAAUACCAGCCGGUGUUCAAGUCAAUAUACCUGUUCUGCUAAUCCAUCGUGACACUAAGCUCUGGAGCAAUGAUGCAGCAGAGUUCAAGCCUGAGAGGUUCAAAUAUGGGGUCUCAAAGGCAACAAACAACCAGGUUUGCUUCUUGCCUUUUGGAUGGGGACCGAGGAUUUGCAUCGGUCAGAAUUUUGCUCUCUUGGAGGCAAAGAUGGCUCUGGCUUUGAUUCUACAGAGAUUCUCCUUCGAACUUUCUCCUUCUUAUGUGCAUGCACCUUACACAGUCAUCACUAUUCAUCCACAGUUUGGUGCUCAUCUUAUCCUAAAGAAGCUAUGAUCUUGUGAUAAUAUUACAUAAACUUGUUCUACACGAGCAAACAAGACAGCAUAGAGAAACUAAUCAAGAUCACGUUCAUCAAACCAUGUUUCUGAAUGCUUCCUUGAUAGCUACUCCAUCUUCUUAGUGUAAUAAUUCAAAGUUUAAAUAAAUUUAUUAUUUCGGAUAGUGUAUACAUAUAUAUAGU